AUGUCCUGGACGCGGGUCAUCUUCCUCUGCCUGCUCGGCACCCUCCUCAUCCUCACCUUCUCUGAUGGGGUGAAGGGCGCCGCGGUCCGAGACAACGGCAAAGCGCCAGAACCUCAAGGGGCCAAGCGGCGCGUCUUCAUGCCAGAGUCGGACGCCUCCAACUUCUUCAAACGCCGCAGCCGUCGCUCGGUCAGUUACCAGGCCGAAAUCCAAGCCGAGCAGAGGGUGAGGCUGGCGGGGGACGAGAGGAGGAGGGAGUACAACGAGGAGCAGAGGAACGAGUUCGAGAACUACGUGGAGGAGGAGCGCGACGAGCAGCACGAGAGGACGAGGGAGAAGAACGAGCAGUGGCGGGAGUUCCACUAUGACGGCCUCUACCCCCGCUACCACUGGUACCACUGAGCACGCGCCGCAGCACAGGAGGCGGGACGACAGCCCAAAGCAGCCAACCGACAACAGGCGGGCGAUGACGUCAACUCAGAAACGCACUCGUUCACGGCAGGAGACGUUAUCGUUUGACCCUCCUUUGUAGCAAACGGGACUCCUGUCGCCUUUAAGACACGGCCUCAGCAAUUAACGACUUUUACUGUUACGCUCCCUGUUGAAAAAUCCAAACGGUGUUAAUAAUGGUUCUCCAAUUCAAACUAGAGCUGGGCAACAACUCAAUAUAAUCCUUUCUCGUCUGUCAGUGGUGUUGCAUUGGGAUGAAGUCUGAAUGUUGUCAUAUCUUGAGUCACAAGUGUGAGAUCUAAAUGAACGACAACAAUACAUUGGCCAAAAUGUCUCACAAAAUGACGCAUGGAACAUCUGAGGGAGUAUUAAAUGAAAAGUGGUUUUGGCUCGAUAUUACAAUUCGUUAUUAUAUACAUUACCCAACAGUUCAAUGUGAUGAACCUCCGUUGGAUUCUUAAACAUUGUAUUUUUGCAUAUGUAAGCAGAUAUUGUGCAAAAUUGCCUAUGGUUAUCAUGACUAUAUGUUAUACAUCGCCCAACACUACUUCAAACUAUAAAAUGUACGCAAAACGCAGUAUGUGUAAUGUAUGUUGGGCUUUAGGUGUUGGUAUGUCGAGCUUUGCAUGCUUGUUUUAUUGCCUUGUACCUGUAUAUACUCUUUAGAAUCAGAAAACACUCCCUUCGCCGUUACACCGUAUGAUUAUGAGACACAUCUGCACAACGCACACACACACACACACACAGCUAAGCAUUCUGACGCUAAUCCUCAUUUAUUUCCACUUUUAUUUAAAAUUUACGCCACAAUUUCAUCAUCACCCUCAAACAUUUAAGUCGGUCCGGCGAAGAGCCAAGUCUCCACACAGACUGGACUUCACACUGCUGUACCUCAAAACGUCCAAUAAAGAAAUUUCCCCCCCCCCCUCAUUGUUAAAUCGCAGAGGUCUCCUGACUUAAUGGUGAUAUCACCGGGUUUCUGUGGUAUUCUGAAGGAGGGGAGGCGGUGGGGAAUUCAAGAGCUGAAAGGGAGGAGGAUCCUGGAAAACUCAUCAGCCUGGGAUUUAGGGAAAAAAAGAAAAUGGAAGGAAGAUGUCCAGAUUCCAGAUGAGGUUUCUCCAUAUUCCAGAGUGGAAAUAUUAAGACGGUUACUGGGCAGGGGAGAAAUGAAAGGAAGUGGGGUGGAGGACUUAAAAAAAAAAAGAAGAAAAAAAGGAUAAGGCAGAGAGAAAAACCCUCACAAAACGUGGCACGGCACACCGGCAUCACCAAUCACACAUCUCCGCUUCAGUAUGAUGGUUUCAAAUCAUCCCCCCCCCCCCCAAAAAAAACCCCAUCUAUUUUAUCUCCAACUCAUUGUGUAUUCUAGUCUUUUCUUUGUUAGCGUCCUCUGUCCUGCUGUUUAAUUAAAGAUGCGGCAGGCUGAUUGUGGACCGGCUCAGAGGAGAGACUCCUGCUGGACCGUCUGGCUGCAGGUUUGAGAUUUCCCACCCGGCUCGUGUCGUGGGUGUGUGUGUGUGUGUUUUCUCUGCUAAUGGGAGAAUGAACAGAGUAAAUAAACACACAAACUUUUAACUCGAGCACCGAGAGCUCUGCUGAACUUUUUUUCCGCCGACUGCUCAGGUCAUGUUAUUUCCCAGUGCUGUGUUAUCAAAGCCGACAGCGCAUCAGAAAACCAGAGUAAAGAAUGUGAACAAAGGCAGGAAAUCACACAUUACAUGGAUACCUGAGCUGUAACCAUGACAGCCUUUCUUCACAUCAGUUACUAUUAGUAAUCAUCACUGACAGUCAUUAUUAUUACUAUUAUGAUCAUUUUUGUGUGACUAUGUAAAGUGAGAUCAACAGCGCCGUAUUUGCACAAGAGAUAAGAACGCCUUCUCUUUAUUUUAGCCGGUGGGAUGUUACUGAGACCAUCUCUUCUUGAGAUCCUGCAGAAUAAAAAUCACGCACCGCUUUCAACUCAAUCUGUUCUGUUUAAUCUGCUAGUUUCUAGGAAAAAAAAGGUUUCAUGGCAAAGCACAAAGACUUUAAAAUAUCCCC